CAGAUUUCCAUCAUCUGUUGAAAAAAGCCCUGGAUCUUCAAAACGUCCAUCUCCCAAUUUUCUACCGGUUCUACAUAACUUGCAACGACUACCUAUCCCAUUCUGCCGCUAAACGUGUUUCUCUCCCAUCAGCUAAAGGAGAUCUGUGGCGGAUUCUUGUAUCUACUCAUCGUAUUUCCAUUUCCGUUCAAGUCCCUUGUCUCUUCCACACCUUGGCGUGGUACAAUAUCUCACCUGCGCCUCGACAGCUGCCAUUGUUUCAUCUGUUACUCACAAACAUCAGUCGGCCAAUCUCAAGUGGUGGAAACAUAGUGGUCAAAGAUCUCUCCACUACCAAGGAAUUUCCAAUCCAAACACUUGUCACUCUAGACAAACCAUCAUCCUCGCGAAAGCUGUCAUAAUUUCUUGAGGACCAGUUGACAACUAGAUUGGAAGCCCACCAUCAGCAAAGUGCAAGCCGUGUCAUCUAUAUCACAAUGGUGUAUUGCGGGAAACCCUCGCGGGGUUGUCAGAUGUGUCGGACGAGGAGGAUCAAGGUAGAUAUACACGCCUUCACAUCACUGAGUAUUGCUCACUAGAUAUCUCUAGUGCGAUGAGACAAAGCCUACAUGUAAUCAAUGUGCAAAGUCGAGGCGACAGUGUCCUGGAUACAAGGACGAUUUUGACUUGGUUUUUCGAAAUGAGACCCAGGCGACGGAAAGAAGGGCAAGGAAGGCUUCAAACGGAAAGAAGGGGAACAAUCAAAUCGUCAUUUCAAGCAGCCAGACAGUUUUCAGCACCGACAAGGAUGGCGAUUCUUUCAUUCCGUCAGGUUCCGACAAGGAAACAGGUAUGGUGAGGUUGGCGCCGAUGGUACUUUCAAUUCCGGUCGAGGAACAAGCACCAUGUUACUUUCUCGAGAAUUUCGUGGUGGCGUCGACGAAUGCAGUGGAUACACCCAGAGGAUAUUUCGAUUUUCUGGCCCCGUUGAUGAAGAAUGAAGGAUCUGGAGAUCACCUAACCCUCGCGUUCAACGCCGCUUCGCUAGCAGCAUUAGCGAAUAGACCAAACACCAGGUCGAAAUUGGAUAUGAAGCAAAUGGCAAUGGCCUCGUAUGCAAAAGCACUAAAGGCCACCAAUCUGGCUUUGCAAAGUCCAACGUUACAAAAAACUGAUCAGACACUAGCUGCUAUUUUAAUGCUGGGCUUCUAUGAGGUUUGUACCUUCGAAUUUCUAGGUUUGGCUUGUGCUAACUGGCCUAGACCGUCUGUACGAAUAACACUAAUCCUGCUGCGUGGUAUUCACACGUAAAUGGGGCCAUACAAAUAGUCAGGAUGAGAGGUAAGAAACAACUGAGAACGAAAGUCGGACAAUCUCUUUUUCAAGUAGUGCGAACGCAAAUGGUAAUUCCAUCGUCCACGAUAUGGAGGUAAUAAUACUAAUCAUAACCAGGUAAUCAAUUGCAUGACUUCCUCCAAAGUACCUUCAAUGGGAGCAGAUUGGUGGACCCCAGACAUCGGGGAAGAUUAUGGAGUAGCCAUCACCAGGAUAAAACUUCAUAUCGCGGAACUCCGAGCAGAAAUGAAUGACACACUGAGUACGUGUCCUCGAACCCCAGAAUAUUUCCAAAUGGUCGCCGACAUUAUGCGUCGAGCUCAUGUCAUGGAGCAAGAGUAUCACGAAUGGGAAGCAAGUCUACCGGAAUGGUGGCGACCCAAAACAGUAGCCUGGGUAGAUAACCAUGCGGCAACGGACUUUAGUAAGUCGGAGGUCUGUCCAGGGAAGGUGGAGUCGUACCAUAAUAUAUGGGUAGCCACGAUAUGGAACCACGCGAGAGUUGCGAGGAUAGCUGCUAGUGGGAUUAUUGUUCGGUGUGCGGCUUGGAUGUGUUCGCCUGUUGACUAUAGGACGACGCCGGAAUAUGCGCAUGCUACGAGGUUAUGUGUGGAUCUGGUCACGGAUAUCAUUUCCAGUGUUCCGUUUCAUCUCGGAUGGGAUAUUGGAAGGGGAGGGAGUUUAUCGAGUGCGGAUCCGUUAAGUUUCGAGGCAGGGCUGGAGGCUUUUAGUAAUCCCAAGGGAUAUGGGGGAUUCUUUGCUCUAUGGCCGCUGUUUGUGUGUUCGACGGCGGAUUAUAUUACGGAUAGUCAAAGGGCUUGGGUGAAGGGGAGGAUGAUGCAUAUCAGUGAGACUCUGGGGUUGAAUCAUGCCAAGGUUUUGGCCGGGGUAAGUUCUCUCUUCGUUCUUUGCCAUCUUCGUUUCCACGCUUCCAUUCUUCUUGAUGAAUCGAAAACUAACGCACCUCCAAGUUCCAAGUCCGCGUUCCUUCGAUGAUCAUCCGAAGAGACAAUAUCGGACGCACACCUCAGUCCCAAAUCAUGGCAGCUCAUCUCUACACGCCACCCUCGCCCAACGCACCUAAGUCAGGCCAGGUUAUCAGUAUGAACAGUCAUGGCAACACGGCGAAUGCAAUGAAUGGGUACACGAUGAGUCCCCUACAGCAGAGGGAGUUGAUGCAAAAGGAAAUCUUUGAGAAGGAGAGGUUGAGUCUUAUUAAGAAAGCUGGAGAUAAUCAACCUGAGGUGGAGAAGUUGAUGGCCAAGUACUUGGCUGUUUGAUGGGAAGGACUUUGAUGAAAGGAAUAGUCCUGUGUGAGAAGGGGAAGGUGAGAAUGGAGAAAUGGAGAUAUGCAGGAACGGAGAAAUGAAGAACUGGAAAACUGGAAAAAAGUUUUUUUGGUUACGGAUCAAAAGUUGGACAUAUAUGAGGAUGAUAUGGAAGAGGUGUAAGACGAGUAGAAUGAGAGGGUUGUAUAACGGCCGUAGGCGGUGAUCCGGGAAGAGGGGGGGAGAGGGCUUUUCUAUAUACUGUAGGCAUAUUUCUGGGGUCUUGGGAUACUGGGGAAGCGCAUCACGAUUGAUGGGAGGUGUUGAUGUUGUUGAUGUUGUUGAUAUUUGGUUUGAAUCAUUGGUUUGGUGUAUGGGUUUUUACUUGGAUGAAUUUUGGGGGAGAU